UCCGGCAGCUCCGACAGCCGUUCCUGGAGCGCAGGUGUCCUCCCGGGUUUCGGCACCACUUGUUGCCCUUGUGGGGGCAAGCAGCGACCUGGUUCAGGAACAAGAAGGUGACCAGUUCUUGGCCACGCAUGACCACGGCUCACACACACCGAUGCGGUGGAGAACAAAUGAGGGCAUAGUGGUGACCUCUUCCUCCAUAAGCAUGGCCUCCCAGAAGGACCUAGAGAAGAGCUGACAGGAGAAGACACAGUCAGAGAUCAAGAUGGAUCAGCCAAAGUGUAGCCCCAAAGAAGAGGAGGAGGAAGAGGACAACAUGGAGAGUGAUGAUGGGAAUGAUGACUAUAAGGAUGCUGACUACAAGGAGGAGGAGAAUGAUGAAGAUGACCAAGAUGAUGAGGGCCACUGCCACAGCCACACCAGAGAGAAGCUGUUCCACUGUGCUGAGUGCAGCAAGAGCUUCAGUGACAAAUCUGACCUUGCUGCCCACGAGCACACACACACUGGUGAGGGGCCUUUCCCCUGUCCUGACUGCAGUAAGAGGUUUAGACAGAUUGACCACCUCGUGCAGCAUCGCCACACACACACCAUCGAGAAGCCCUUCAGCUGCACUGACUGUGGCAAGAGCUUCAGGACCAAAUCCCAGUUCACUGUCCACAACCGCAUGCACACUGGUGAGAAGCCCUACAGCUGCACUGACUGUGGCAAGAGCCUCAGGAGCAAACCCAGUCUCACUCUCCACCGCCUCAUCCACACUGGCGAGAAGCCCUACAGCUGCACUGACUGUGGCAGGAGCUUCAGGACCAAAUCCCAGCUCACUGUCCACCGCCGCGUUCACACUGGUGAGAAGCCCUACACCUGUGGCGACUGCAGCCAGUCUUUCACUGCCAGGUCCUCUCUCACCAAGCACCGUCGUGUCCACACUGGUGAGAAGCCCUUCACCUGCAGUGUCUGCAGCAAGAGUUUCACUGACAAGUCCUAUCUCACCAUGCACCAUCGUAUUCACACUGGUGAGAUGCCCUACAGCUGCACUGACUGUGGCAAGAGCUUCAUAACCAAAUCCCAUCUCACUCUCCACCAACGCUCACACACUGGUGAGAAGCCAUAUACCUGUGCUGCCUGUGGUAAGAGCUUCAUCUGCAGCUCUACCCUCAUCAAGCACUGUGUUACACACACAGGUGAGAAGGUUUCCUGCCCUGACUGCGGCAAGAGCUUCACCCGCAUCUCUGCCCUCAACAACCACUGCCGGAUCCACACUGGCGAGAAGCUGUUCCCCUGUGCAGAGUGUGGCAAGAGCUUCACCCAGAGCACCUCAUUGCUCCAGCACCGCCUCAUCCACAGUGGUGAGAAGCCCUACAGCUGCACUGACUGUGGCAAGAGCUUCAGGACCAAAACCCAUCUCACUGUCCACCGCCGCAUGCACACUGGUGAGAAACCCUACAGCUGCACUGACUGUGGCACGAGCUUCAGGAGAAAAUCCCAUCUCACUGUCCACCGCCGCAUGCACACUGGUGAGAAGCCAUACACCUGUGGUGACUGUGGUAAGAGCUUCAGUCACAGCUCUUCCUUCACCCGGCACCGCAUUGCACACACUGGUGAGAAGGUUUCCUGCCCCAACUGUGGCAAAAGCACCCACAUCUCCACCCUCAACAACCACUGCCGGAUCCAUGCUGGUGAGAAGCUGUUCCCCUGUGCAGAGUGUGGCAAGAGCUUCACACUGAGCACUGCACUCCUCCAGCACCGCCUCAUCCACAGUGGCAAGAAGCCCUACAGCUGCACUGACUGUGGCAAGAGCUUCAGGAGAAAAUCCCAUCUCACUGUCCACCGCCGCGUGCACACUGGUGAGAAGCCAUACACCUGUGGUGACUGCAGCAAGGCUUUCACUGUCAGGUCCUCUCUCACCAAGCACCGUCGUGUCCACACUGGUGAGAAGCCCUACAGCUGCACAGACUGUGGCAAGAGCUUCACCCGCAUCUCCACCUUCAACGACCACUGCCGGAUCCACACUGGCGAGAAGCUGUUCCCCUGUGCAGAGUGUGGCAAGAGCUUCACUCAGAGCGCCUCAUUGCUCCGGCACCGCCUCAUCCACAGUGGUGAGAAGCCCUAUUGCUGCACUGACUGUGGCAAGAGCUUCAGCACCAAAUCCCAGCUCACUGUCCACCGCCGUAUGCACACUGGUGAGAAGCCCUACAGCUGCACUGACUGUGGCAAGAGCUUCAGGAGCAAACCCAGUCUCAUUCUCCACCGCCUCAUCCACAGUGGCAAGAAGCCCUACAGCUGCACUGACUGUGGCAAGAGCUUCAGGAGAAAAUCCCAUCUCACUGCCCACCGCAGCACGCACACUGGUGAGAAGCCAUACACCUGUGGUGAUUGUGGUAAGAUCUUCAACCACAGCUUUACCUUCACCCAGCACAGCACGGCACACACUGGUGAGAAGGUUUCCUGCCCCGACUGUGGCAAUAGCACCCAUAUCUCCACCCUCAACAACCACUACUGGAUCCACACUGGUGAGAAGCCCUACAGCUGCACUGACUGUGGCAAGAGCUUCACAACCAAAUCCCAGCUCACUGUCCACCAGCGCUCACACACUGGCGAGAAGCCAUACACCUGUGCUGCCUGUGGUAAGAGCUUUAGCUGCAGCUCUGCCCUCACCAGGCACUGCCUUACACACACAGGUGAGAAGGUUUCCUGCCCUGACUGUGGCAAGAGCUUCACCCGCAUCACCACCCUCAACAACCACUGCCGGAUCCACACUGGCGAGAAGCUGUUCCCCUGUGCAGAGUGUGGCAAGAGCUUCACCCAGAGCACCUCAUUGCUCCAGCACCGCCUCAUCCACAGUGGUGAGAAGCCCUACAGCUGCACUGACUGUGGCAAGAGCUUCAGGACCAAAUCCCAGCUCACUGUCCACUGCCGCAUGCACACUGGUGAGAAGCCCUACAGCUGCACUGACUGUGGCAAGAGCUUCAGCAGGAAAUACCAGCUCACUCUCCACCACCGCUUGCACACUGGUGAGAAGCCGUACAUCUGUGGUGACUGCAGCAAGACUUUCACUCACAAGUCCACUCUCACCAAGCACCAUCGUGUUCACGCUGGUGAGAAGCCAUACACCUGUGGUGACUGCAGCAAGAGUUUCACUGCCAGGUCCUCUCUCGCCAAGCACCGUCGUGUCCACACUGGUGAGAAGAUCUUCACCUGCAGUGUCUGCAGCAAGAGUUUCACUCACAAGUCCACUCUCACCAAGCACCAUCAUGUUCACACUGGUGAGAAGCCCUUCACCUGCAGCAUCUGCAGCAAGAAUUUCACUCACAGGUACUCUCUCAUCAGGCACUGUCGUGUCCACACUGGUGAGAAGCCCUUCACCUGCAGUGUCUGCAGCAAGAGUUUCACUCACAACUCCUCUCUCAUUGCACACUGUCAUGUCCACACUGUUGAGAAGCCCCACAGCUGUGCUGACUGUGGUAAGAGGUUCAAGAGCAGCUCCAGUCUCAGCCGGCACCGCCACUCUUUGACCUGCAUUUCUCAGAGCUAGGGGCUCUGGCAGGAACAAACAACCCCAGCCCUUUUAAACACCAGUUAGUGUUAUGAUGAUGUGAACAGUGAUGACAGUGAUAAGUCUGCACAACUGAUGCAGGCACUGGAACUGGGCAGAGCUUUGCCAGGAUUUAUCUGGUUCCUCUCUAAUGCUUUGGGUAUCCCUGAAUUUAAAAAAAAAAACAACAAACCUUGUCCAUUGCCCAUGUGUCAGUAAUAACCCAAAGUUACCAAACUCCUGUCUUUUCCAGAUUUAGUUAGGACAUUCCUUCCCCCAGUGCCCAAGUGUGUGGGGCAUUUGUUCCCUAGGAAUGGGACUGGAGCUAUGUGCCUGGUUUAGAAAGAUCAAAGUGAAACUGUGUGGGAUCACAGGCCAUUAAUGUAACAAUGGUCAAUCAUCAGUGUCCACACAAACCCUGGGGCAGACUGUCUGAGUCGGAGUGAUCUGAUCUGAUGAAUAUGCCUGUCCUUCUUAUCUGAUGAAUAUACUGAUACUGUCACUCCCUGGGAAGCUGAUGUGGUCGACAGAAUUUAGAUUAGAUGAUUUUGCAUGUGAUAAAAUGACUAACCAAUAUGUAAAAAUGUUAAGCCUUCUGAUGCCUUCUGACAAAGUAUAUAAAUCCUGUACGUUGCCUAAUAAAGUUGGAACUUAGCUUGCA